AUGACAUAUUUGGAUAACAAGUCGUUCUUUAAGGUGAUGCCUUUUUUAUUAAAAAGGAUCUUCGAUUUUUUAAAAAAUCUGCAAAUGAGCUAUCUGAAAACGAUGUUAAAACUCUUUCGGCUACCAAAAACAAGUUUUAAAAUUAAAUGUUAUAGUAAACACGAAUUUAAUCCUGUAACGUGCUGUGUGCCAACGGUAUUUUCGCAGGGAGGUUUUAAAAAUUCAGCUUCAUUGCAAUGGCAACGUUUACGGAUGCAAGGCAAAGUUGUUAAGGAUUUGCACCAACCAAAGAGACAAUGCUGCAGUGAGGUAGGCGUUGAUAUUAACUAUUUAAAGUUGGAGAAUAAGGAAGGAAAUUGGUGCGUUGCACCGGCCAAUGUUAAAGGAGCCUGCAGCUUAUAUGUUCCGUACACUUUAAGCAGAAUACACUUUAAGCAACAGCCUAUUUCUGUAUUUAUUUAG